AUGACGAAGGGGAGAUCAGAUGUAGGGCAGAAGAAGCGCUUGUUAACUUAUGUGUGUAUUGUGGCAUUGCUUCUUGUUUUUCUGUACAUGUUUUGUGGCUCAAAGGAUGCAGGCAAGUCUGCAUUAUUGUAUGGCAGCCAGUCUUUGAGAAAACUAGGGUCAUCCUAUUUGAGCGGUGAUGAAGAUUCUGAUACUGGUGGUAAGCAGGACGAAUCUUCUAUGAAGUUUGGGCUGGAUGAUGGAGAGGAUGUCAUCUACCCUAAGAGCUUCCCUGUCUGUGAUGACCGCCAUUCGGAGAUAAUUCCCUGUCUUGACAGACAUCUUAUAUAUCAAAUGAGAUUGAAAUUGGAUCUAAAUUUGAUGGAGCACUAUGAAAGACACUGUCCUUUACCUGAAAGGCGGUACAAUUGCUUAAUUCCUCCGCCUCUAGGAUACAAGAUUCCAAUUAAGUGGCCAAAGAGUAGAGAUGAAGUUUGGAAAGCAAACAUACCUCAUACUCACCUUGCACACGAGAAGUCUGAUCAGAACUGGAUGGUUGUGAAAGGCGAUAAGAUUCAAUUUCCUGGAGGAGGGACUCAUUUUCAUUAUGGAGCGGAUAAGUACAUUGCUUCUAUCGCUAAUAUGCUGAACUUUUCAAACAAUAACCUGAACAAUGAGGGACGUUUACGGACAGUUUUUGAUGUUGGUUGUGGUGUUGCAAGUUUUGGGGCUUACCUUCUUUCAUCAGAUAUCAUUGCAAUGUCAUUAGCACCUAAUGAUGUGCACCAAAAUCAGAUUCAAUUUGCUCUGGAAAGAGGAAUUCCUGCUUAUCUUGGUGUUCUUGGGACAAAGAGGCUUCCUUACCCAAGCAGGUCUUUUGAACUUGCUCACUGUUCUCGUUGUAGAAUUGAUUGGCUCCAGAGGGAUGGGCUUCUUCUUCUUGAAUUGGAUAGGUUGCUUAGACCUGGAGGUUAUUUUGCCUACUCGUCCCCUGAAGCAUAUGCACAGGAUGAAGAGGAUCUAAGAAUAUGGAGAGAGAUGAGCACACUUGUGGAACGCAUGUGUUGGAGAAUUGCUGCAAAAAGGGACCAAACUGUCAUUUGGCAAAAGCCCUUGACAAAUAACUGUUAUUUGGAAAGAGAACCAGGCACUCGCCCGCCUCUCUGUGGAUCUGAUGAUGAUCCCGAUGCAACCUGGGGUGUGCUAAUGGAGCCAUGCAUUACACCUUAUUCUGACCAUGAUCACGACACUAGAGGCAGUGGACUGGAACCAUGGCCUGCCCGACUAACUUCUCCUCCUCCUCGUCUUGCUGAUUUUGGCUAUUCGAAUGAAAUGUUUGAGAAGGAUAUGGAACUUUGGGGGCGAAGGGUCGAGAAUUAUUGGAAUCUCUUGAGUCCAAAGAUCUCUUCAGACACUCUGAGAAACGUGAUGGACAUGAAGGCAAACUUGGGGUCAUUUGCCGCUGCAUUGAAGGAUAAGGAUAUGUGGGUUAUGAAUGUUGUCCCUGAAGAUGGACCCAAAACACUUAAGAUCGUGUACGAUAGAGGGUUGAUAGGCACAGUUCAUAACUGGUGUGAAGCCUUCUCAACAUACCCUAGGACUUACGAUUUGCUCCAUGCUUGGACCGUGUUUCCUGACAUUGAGAAGAAAGGCUGCAGUGGUGAGGAUCUACUACUUGAGAUGGAUCGUAUUCUCAGGCCUGCUGGUUUUAUCAUUAUCCGGGACAAACAACCAGUUAUCGAGUUUGUAAAGAAGUAUUUGACUGCAUUGCACUGGGAAGCAGUUGCAACAGGUGAUUCCACUUCAGAUCCUGGCCAAGAUGGAGACGAGUUGGUGUUUGUCAUCCAAAAGAAACUGUGGUUUACGAGCGUAAGCUUCAGAGAUACAGAGUAG